UAAUUUUUACGAAAAUUGUUUUCAAAAUAAUCAAAAUGGCUGAAAAUGAUAUCGGUGACUGGUUCAGAUCAAUUCCAAUUGUAACAAGAUGGUGGUUUUCCUCAUCAAUUGCAUUUCCACUUCUCGGAAGAUUUGGAAUUUUGAAAUUAUACUAUAUGAUUCUUAAUUUUCAUUUAGUUGUCUAUAAAUUUCAAAUCUGGAGGUUGUUUACAUCUUUUGUUUAUUUGCCUUUGAGUCCACAAAAUGGUUUUCAUUACCUAAUAAAUCUAUAUUUUUUAUACAAUUAUUCUACUAGACUAGAAACAGGGCUAUAUGAUGGAAAACCAGCAGAUUACCUUUUUAUGUUGGUUUUUAAUAGCAUUGCUUUAAUUCUUCUUGGAUUUGCUUUGAAUUUAAUGCUUUUGAUGGAUCCACUAAUUUUAAGUGUUUUGUAUAUAUGGUGCCAAAUUAAUAAAGAUACAAUUGUUUCGUUUUGGUUUGGAACACAAUUUAAGGCUAUGUAUUUGCCUUGGGUUUUGGCUGCAUUUAAUAUGAUUCUUGGUCAAGGAGGUCUUAUGGAAAUCAUUGGAAUCUUUGUUGGACAUUUGUAUUUUUUUCUUAUGUUUAAAUACCCACAAGACUUUGGUGGAAGAAGAUUAAUCACAACACCCUCGAUUUUUUACAAGUAUUUGCCUAAUCGACGAGGUGGGGUUGCUGGGUUCGGACAAGCACCUGCUGCGCGUAGAAAUGACGGUGGUGGUCGAGGUGGUGGUCCCGUGUUUCCAGGAGGUGGAAACCGAUUAGGUGGAGAUUAAAUUAAUCAAAAUUGCUAUAUUCAGAAUGAUUGUUUCAAAAACAUUUUACAUCUUUGUAUUAAUGAGAUUUGAAAUUAAUAAUUUAUUAA